CCUGCUGUUUUUAUUUGUGUUGCUUUAGUUUCAGUUAUGUUGAAGUCUCCACGUGAGUCAGCUUAUGAUGUUAUGAUGUUCCACUUACACCUCCUCUCCUCUUCUGCUUACAGUUCCGGGCGGAUGAGACACGCAGCACAACAUAGUGGAAUAUGCAUGGUGGGUGACGGGCGGGUGGGGUGGUAAGGACAACAAGGAGCUUCGGCAGGCCAGCCACGUCAGGAUGGGGAGCAGCAGCAUUGAGCAGCAGCACCAGCAGCAUCAGCACUAUCAACAGCAGCAGCAACAGCAGCAACAACAACAGCAACAGCAGCAACAGCAACAGCAACAACAGCAACUACACAACUACCAGCAGCAGCAGCAGCAACAACAACAGCAGGCAUCACAGCAUCUUCUUCAUCAGCAGCAACAGCAUCAUCAUCAUCAUCAGCAGCAGCAGCAUCAGCAACAGCAGCAACAUCAACAGCAGCAGCAGCACCAGCAGAAUCAGCAGCAGCAACAGCAAGAUGACAAGAAGCAGACAUAUAACCUGUGCUGGAACGAAUUCCCCAGUAACCUGCUGUCUUUUUUCAAAGAACUCCGCGACCAGGAAGAAUUCGUGGACGUGACGCUGGCCUGCGAGGGUCAGCAAGUGUCGGCCCACAAAGUCGUCCUGUCAGCCAGCAGUCCCUACUUCAGGUCGCUCCUUAAGAACAAUCCGUGUGACCAUCCCAUCAUCAUCCUGAAUGAAGUGGGCUACGGCGAGCUCAUCACACUGCUGCAGUACAUGUACCGUGGCGAGGUGCAGAUCGCCCACGACCAGAUCAAAGACUUCCUUCGGACGGCCAAGCUGCUGCAAAUCCGCGGACUGGCCGAGGCCGCCGCUGAGUCACGAUCACGAUCUUCUUCGGACAGCCGCAGCGAGAAUGGUCAAGGCCGAGAGGUGCCCACGCCCAUCCCGAAGACUGAACCUGCCGACCCGGAGGAGGAAGGCCGACCGCCGGACAGUCCUAAGGUCAAGAGGAUCAAGUUAUGCAGCUCAGUGGGGCCACCGCCACCAUGCUCCCCCUCCCCACAUCUGUCAGGGGGCCCUAGUCCCCCCGCCCCUACGCCGCCCAUCCCCAGCCUGCCUCUCAGCAUGGCCAGUAUGGCCGGUCUGCCCUCCUUGCCGCCCAUAGGUUUACCCGGCGCCUCCCUACCACUGUCCCUGCCUUCCUCCAUCACUGCCCUGCCCCCCGUAACCACCGCCCACCCCUCCUCCAUCCACCACGGCCGCUCCGCCCUCCAUACGCCCACACACAUGAGCCAGCAGCCAUCCUUCCCGGGCCUGUACCCCGGCAUGGGCUCCGACGACACGCAGGACACCAUGGGCAGCGACCGCUCCGAGGACCGGGACAAGUCCCGCCACGACGAGGACGAGUAUGAGCACGAGAACACUCUGGAGAAGAUGUCCGGCCUGGCCAACAUGGCCGCCCUAAAAGGGUUCGGAGGCUUCCCCGGGCCCUCGGGUCUGGCGGGCCUGGCCUCGGCCGCCAUUGGGUCCAACACCGACAGUAACCCUGGUCGUCCUCGCUUUGACUUCUACCGUGUGCGUGCGACAGACCCCCGACCGUGCCACAUCUGCGGCAAGAUCUACAAGAACGCCCACACGCUGCGAACCCACAUGGAGGACAAACACUCCAACUGCAACGGGUUCCGGUGUGUGUUGUGCGGCACGGUGGCAAAGUCCCGCAACUCCCUGCACUCCCACAUGAGUCGCCAGCACCGCGGGGUAAGCACCAAGGACUUGCCGCUGCUGCCCAUGCCGUCCCCCUGGGACCCCGAGAUGGCCGCCAAGUACAUCCAGAUGGUGGGCGGCGUGGGUGAGGUAGUCAGACAGAACUACCGCCGCUCAGACCGGGACAACUCGAGCAGUGACAAUGGAUCUGCAAAAACCACCUCCUCGCGAGACAUGGACAAAACACCCUCAUCCCAGGAAAACGGCGGCCUCUACCUGAAGUCAGACUCCAGCGUGCGUGACGAAGACGGCAUGAAGGAACGUCGACCAUAUGACGCCAUCAGCCGCCAUCUCGACAUGUACACUGGAGCCAAGCCGGCGGGUGCUUCACUGCUGGACACGUAUCUGCAGAUGAUGCGUGCCACGGGCAUGGAUCUGGCCACGCCCACCUCUGACAGUCUGCAGGAGGAAAGGAAAUUCCUGCACUCCCGGCCACUGGGCGGUGGCGUGCUGGACCUCACCCGUCCAGAACUGAUGCGCAGCAGUGUUUCCCCGCGGGACGAUGACCACGGGGGCGGCCAGGCCUCGGACGGCUUCAGCGAGGACGACCUGGGCAGUGUGAGCGGGGAGGUGCCGGCCCCUCGGAAAUUGAGCGGUGGUGCUACGGUGGUGACCGUCACCCCGCGCUCUCCGGAGCCCUCCGACACCGAGGACGACGCCAAGUGGGCAGUGCAAUAGUGACCCACCACACGCAGCCGUGCAGCGUCACACAGCAAUCACAGCAGUGGUACAAAUAACACAGUGAAUGCAACAGAGAAUAGCAUAUGGGCGUGUGGGCCGGUGUGAACCAGUGCUAGUGGGUGGACCCGCCCUGCCGCCCGUGGGCCGCCUUCCCCAUGCCCUCACUCUCCUCCACCACGCAUCACCUCCUUUCUACCUCACUCUUUGUGCCCCCUCACUGUAUGCCUAAGACAACUCUGCCCUCACUCACGGUAUCAAUAGUUGCCUUUAUACCUUUCUCAUCAAUGGUUCCCGCCCGUGCCACAACCGUGCGGAGCCGGGAGGGCGUGGUGCGGGCGUGGGCGGGGGCGGCACACGUCUCACGCAGUUGUCAGUUCUCAGGGACUCGUCGGGCUUCACUCCCUCCUGUACAUAUUAACUCUCUCACUCAGGCCGGCGGUGGCACAGGUGCGAGGCAGCCCGCCCACCACCACCCUGGCUUGCACACCUGCACGCCCACACACACACACACACACACACACACACACACACACACACACACACACACACACACACACACACAAACACUAUAGUGCACAAACGCACCAGGAAAAUGUGCACAUAAAUAAGACUUUCGUGUAGCAGCCGCCUCCAUGCUAAGGUCAACCCGUUGGUGCCCUCUCUUGGUGCUUAAGAUUUUUGCAUUAUGCUACAUAAGAGCUUAAUUUUCUCUCAAAAGGAUGGACGCUUCACAUGUCAAAUGGUACACACGUCUCUGUCGACUCACGCUCUCUAGGUCACCAAUGCAUCAAUAAGCAAACGCUCUCAAGCCACCACCACUGAGGCACCACCGGGUGUCCAAUGUUGACCCGCAACACUCGCAGCAGCAGCACCACCACCACCAUGUCACUUGUUCGCGCGGGACAAGACACUCAGGCGGAACACACUGGUGCAUCCGUGUAGCUCCAGUCGCCAUGGUCUCAGCAUUCCUCUCUUUUAUUUAUUCUUUUUACUAGAUGCAAGAUUUUUGGUUUGAGUUUUUAUCUUAGUCUUGUACAGGGAUGGACCCCUUGACUCCUCAGAUCCCCAGUUUGUGAUGUGAUCAUGGAUUUUAAGCUUUCUGCAGUGGAAGGAAAAAAAAAAAAAAGCCUUUUCAUUGAGGGCUAUCACCGUAACACUCCCAAGAGCCCCUCACUGCACGACGCUCAAAGUCUCUCCUCCCAUCCCUAAUACGUCUGCUGUCCUUGACUAUACACCUUUUUCUACACCUAUUUCGGCACCUGUGUUACACUUGCUUCAAAUGCUUCCCGAUACCAUACUAUAUAUCUUUACUACUACUACUACUACUACUAUUACUACUGCUACUACUACUACUACUACUACUACUACUACUACUACUACUACUACUACUAUUUCUACUACGAUUUCUUCUACUACUACUACUACUACUACUACUACUACUACUACUAUUUCUACUACGACUUCUACUACUACUACUACUACUACUACUACUAUUACUACUACUACUACUACUACCACUACUACUACUACUACUACUACUACUACUACUACUACUACUACAGUGUAUUUUGUGUCUGUGAAUUCUCCGUCCAGCCAGGGUAACCCCACCCGCACAGACAGCUUGAGUCGGGUCUCUGCUCAGUACAAAGUGUGUGAGCGGCCCGGGCUUGGGCUGCCCCGUCUUGAUCUCAGUGUAAAUACCCGCCAUUGCAACAAAUGAAUCCCACCCUCUCGUCUCCCACCCCCCCCCCACCAGAAAUUCCACCACGCACUCACACUUUCCACGUGAGUUUUGAAGAUGUUAAUUAUAUUUACAGCUCUUACUGAGGAGAGAGUUGCUCAAGAAUGUAUUUAAACUCGCCUUGCAUGAUGUAAGAAAGCAAGAUAUACUCACUUGAUAUCUUCAACUACUCUGUGUCAUGGGAGACGUGUUCAGAUCCCUCCCUCGCAACGCGCUCUCUCCUCGUCAGCUGUAUUUAUCACUAACCUCUAUGAAAUGAUAUUACAGAUAGUCAGGUAGAUUUCAGGUACCAGAUCCCAUAUCGUUAUUUUUGUAAUGUGUUUACACACGGUUCUCAGCCAUUCCAGUUGUAUGGUAAAAACUGCUCUGUCCAAGUCAUGUUGUCUCAGCAUUUCAAGUGCAACUAGUCAAGGAUUCCGUAAACAGAAAAAAAACACAGUUGGUGUGCUUUUUAGGAUGCACUUCCACUAUGCUUAGCAAUGAAUAUGCGAUAAACUGUACAUUAACCUAGAGAGAUAUAUAACACGUGGCCUGCGCGGCGCGGCAGUAGGAACUGUAGUGUCUACCUCAUAGUUGUACAGUAGCGGGUCCUGCGGUGACACCCGCGUGGGUUCCGCUAUCACGCCCCCUGGCCAGUACUCACCCCCUUACGCACGAGUUUGCCAACAAUCCUGGGCUUGUAAGAUCGUCGAGUACCUCAGCCGAUCUUGAGGCGUGCAAUGACAUCCCCUGGGGAUGGUUGCCCACUGGUGAGCAAGGUGCGCGACUGGUCAGGACGCUGCAGCCACUGUGAUGGUGCCGGGCGGCAUGCGGCUGCGGCGGCGGUGCCCACGCGGUGGUGUUGCUGCCUCCCACUCCCCGCACAGUGUGUCUCAGUGUUGGGUAGUGUAGUAGAGCCCAUAGUUAGCUAUAGUGUUAAUGUAAGUAAGGCACCGGUAGUUGUUGUUGUCUGUUGCAGCAGCGGUGGUGAUGACGCGGUCCGAAUUACUGACACAGCCGUGAUGCGAGGGUGAUAAGGUACACGUGCCGUGCGCACCGUGGUUAAACACAGCUGCAGGGAGGCCGCCCACACGCCCACGACUGCAUGCUCGACGACGUCAAGAUAAAGGAUGUUUAGUCUGCCAUCCUGUGAGACGAAGGAGGAGCACCGGUAUCCUGGCCGACCCUCAGCACUGCAGGUCCCCAGUUAGCUCUGUACACGUAUGUUGCACAGCAUCUAUGCAAAAGGUGGUGUUGUGAAUGGUGCUGCAGUAGCAGGCGAGGGCGGCAGCCCGGCAGCAGGUGUGGCCGAGCGAGGUCAGGAUCUAAUCAUGACCGACCUGCCAUAUUCUCAGCAAUACCAGUGAUUCAGCCCGCGCCCAGCCUCAACCCCAACCAGCCCACAACUAUGCCGUCUGUUAUAACUACCAUUACCGCCCUACCCGCAUUCCCCCCAAGCGGCCACCGCCCACCCACCGGUGUGGCGGGGGACGCAACAACCCAGCAGUAUUUACCGUUGAGGAGUAUUGACCUAUCCAAUAAUCCAUAGUGAGCCAUGCAACCACGUCUUUCCAUAGAAGUAUUACUAGCCAUGUAGUUCCGUCAAGAGGCUGGGGGCGCGCUGGGUUGGUCUAAUGGUGCUGGGUGGGCUAUGUGUACCCUCGGAGGCUCCCUUUGGGAAUGAUUGGGGGUGGUGACCAUACAAGACAAAAUUUGUGUGUCUCUAACCCAUAGAAAAUGACAUAGGAAAUAAGUUAUGUUAAUGGAUCUAUAUAAGGUAAUUCAUAGGCCUACUUAAUCUACUAGGUUGGUAAUGGCAUGCUUAGAACCAAGGUUUGGUACGGUAGAAAAGCUGACGCAGUAGUCGGCGCUGCACACUUGUAUGGAGGAUGAGUGUUAGAUUGUUUAACCAAGAGUCUGUAGUCGAGGAUCAUCAUUCACAUACGAAUUACUAUUCUAGGUUACUCUAAGUUUUGUAUCGCCUAAGUUAUGGUCAUCUCAUUUUAUAUUAACAGAUCUUACUUUUUUAUAUUUGUUGGUAUUAUAAUUAUUGUUACUUUACCGAAUUAGCAACGAUGCUUAUUUUCUAGAUUAAGUUUACAAGUUCCUAGUUCUUAGACACGUCAAGUGAAGGCGGCCAAGGGGGUUGCAUGUCUGGUGAGCGGGGAACAAGGUCCUCCCUCGAGGAAGCAAGAGUAAAGGUGCAGAGGAGCAUCCCGAGGCGUCCCACACUCCAGCCUAGAGUGGCGCGUCACGAGCCAGGAGACACAAGUCACCGCCCCAGACGCCCGGCCCCUGACUGGCUCGCAUAAGUGAUCAUUGUCCGAAUUUUGCCGCUUCCAAUGUUUAUUUGCUACAUGACCAGGCCUUAAAAGGCCGCCAAGAUAACUAACGUGCCAAGCAUCCAUUGUUGAUAGUUUUCAGCUAGUUUCAUACAUUUCAUUUUAUCCGAAAAGCUGUUCUGGUUGUUUGUUUCUCAUUUUCUGACAAAGUACACAAAGGCAAACAACGGUAUAGCAGAAUUAUGUUUAGAGGGACGGCUUCCUGUUGAUGGUCGAGAUGAUAGUCUACAGAUUUAUCCGGAGACCAUGAUGUGUGUAAUGUUAUGGAGCCCUAGAGAUUGUAGCCUGUACUGUUACAACCUGUGCUGUGUAGUGCUGUAGCGAGACGAGCAGGGCCACACAGGAAGCUCCCUCCCCCUCACUCACUGUUGAACACCCUGCACAGACACAGUGGCGCCCCAGCCCGCUCUCUUCAGUCCCCCCCUCCCGCCAUGCUCAACUCAAACCUCCCCGUGGAGCCAGAGCCAGGGCGUGAAGACAUGUGUGGUCCUCAGUCACUCUGCUCCACAACACACUGACUAUGUUUUGUAUUUAUUUUCUCAUAAACGUACUGGUCCCCACAGCUACUGCUACUCCGUAAGAGUGCUGAGUGGAAGAACUGUGCAGUGUGUUGAACAGGUUAUAAGAUACUGUGCAGUAAAAUGUACACCUAGAUAUGGUACUGUGCGGUUUGGAGGGUAAUGGUCAGAAAUUUAGAAAAAUGUGCAAGUAGGACAGUACUGCGCACCACUAGUUACUUCGUGGCCUGGUAGUGAAUUACACCAAGGUUUUGAAAUGGGAGGAAUGAAUACACACUGAUGUAGACAUGAAUACUGCUUGAAGCAACAAGGCUUCCCGUGUUACAUCAAAGACAGGUGAGACCUGCGUCCCAACCUGUGGCGCCGGUCUUGAGCAAGCUGAUGUACACUACACUCAUGCACAUAACACCCAUCAUCACAACAAAGUACAUAUGAUCUUUAGGAAGAAGCCUGUAUACAUGUACGCGCGUCUCUGUGCAGCUUUUGAUGAAGUCUACUGUUUUGUGUACGUACGUGCCUAUUUCUUGGAGAUUGCAAACAUCAAGUUCGUCACGCCAUCUCGCCUCCUGUUGUACUCGCUUAAGAAUGUCAUUACAGCCGGCUGCUGGCCACCCCAGAAGGAGAAAUUAUAUUUAGGUUGUUCGCUGCACAAUAAACCAAACAGCUGAGGCUGGCAGCCAGGCGACACAAGGCUCGGAGCGAGGCCAGCGUCAGGCAGGUGCCCGACGUUCAGAACCACCCCGGUGAUUAACAACAUUAGUGACACGGUGCUUCAAUAUGAACAUUAGAUACUCUAAGCUCUAUACUCUGUGAAAAACACUUUUGCUUCAUCCUAAGAGGAAAACUACUGUUAUCAUGUACACUUGUAUGUUAACUUAUGUUUUGGUCAAAUCCAAACUCUGCUGAGUCAGACUCGCCGAAUUUUCUUCUAUAUUCUGGAUGGCUACAGGCCAUCAUAAAAGAUAUAACUUCGGCUUUUGAGGCCUUUAAACUUGUUUAAGUCGAGUGAUUGGCAUUGUUACAACACGUCAAAUAGUGAAACAGCACCCCUUUGUGCCUCGCAGAGUCACUCUAUCCCUCAUGGGUUAAUUCCAUUUCAGAAUCUUGGAGGAGUGUGUGUUUAGAUGAGGCUCUAUCAGCACUGGUGUCCCGGUCAGCCCCGCCCGGCCCCGCCCGGCCCCGCGUACCCCAGCCGUCGCGGGGAAUCGGAGCGACCGAGUCGUCGGCCAGUCAGUGGUGUAUUGUGUUCGUUAGUGACAGGCAAGGGUAACCCAGAGCAGUGGACGCCGCUUGCACCUGCGAUAACUUGACCAUCACUGUAUGUGUAUGAUUAAUUACGACGACUCUCAUGAGGCUAACACUCGGAAUAUGUACAGUACAUACUUCUCUAUUUCCAUAACAAACCUUGCCUAGAAAAGUUUUCUUCUAAAAGAAAAAAGAAAAUAAGAAAUCUAAAAAAAAUUAUCGGCUGCAUUUUUUUCCUGCGCCAUUGUGAAAACUCAACGUCAGCCCCGUCCCCUCCUGUGCCCUCAGCAGGAAUUAUCCCGCGCUUAGGACUUUCCCAGAAAGUUAGAUAACACACGAGCUGAUUCUGGGUGCAAGACAUUCUAGCUCCCACCAUAACAACAACGGCCUCGGCAGCAGCGGCAGGCGGCCGGUAAAAUAGUGUCACGAUUACACACAUGGCGUACUCCCCCCCACUGUGUUGCAAGCGGCGUCUUCUGUGCCAUAGUCCGAUAAACUACCUCGUCCACAACCCGGUACCUCACGCCCCCAGAUACAUCCCAAUAGGUAAGCAGCAGCAGCGUGUAGAGCAGCUGUCUCCUAUAGUUCAUGACUAUAGAUUGAUAUUUUUAUUUCUAUUUCUGAUAACCCAGCCUUCGCUCAUACCUACAACAUGAAUUCCUGCUCCCGAUGGGCCCGCGCCGCGCUCCUCCCUAUAACGUGGAGUGGGCCGCCCUCCUACUCCCUCUAGUAGUUAGCAACCCAAUCAACCUAUUGAAUUCACCCCAAACCAUAUCGGUCCAGAGCAACCAAGCUUCUUUUCGCAGUGCCAUACUCCAGGCGCCGCUCCGUGCCAAAUACGCAGUGGCGUGUGGUUAUAGUUUUACAAGCAACACUUCCGCUUUGAUUCGCACGUUGUCUCCGAGCACGGCGGGUCACACAGACUUCCAUCGCCAAUGGAAUUCCAUGGCAGCACCACACAGCUGCCUCGUGGACGUCAGUCACGAAUCAUCAUCAAAAGUGGCCAUUCCUCAACCCCGCGGCUCAGGACCGUGCGAAUCGAAGUGGAGGCGCGGCCACCCUCUUCCCUAGGUCGCUCCUAACCCGAGGGGCGGCCACCCCUUGUAUCCUACCACAACUCCUACACAGAUACCUAAGAUGUUAUAAUCUACCUAUGCAAUAGAACAAUAGACUGUUAAAUUGUAUCCGUUUACUCUCCAAAUGCCAGUUAUAACAGCCUCUCCAUGACAGCGCCAAUACCCAAGGCCUUCUGUCUGUUAGUGUCCUUAGCCAAGAGUUCUGAAAUAUGAUGAUGACCAACCCUAAUUGAGGAUUGAGAGCCAUUAUUUCUGCCGCAAUAAUUAAAAAAGUUAAUUUCCAUAUAUUUCACAGCUCUGGCUUUGGCUAUUUGUUGAUUAGUCGUUAACGAGUCGUAGCGUUGAGUGUGAGGGUCCGCGCGCGCUGCGGAAGUCUACACUCGUUCAGAACAGACAACCGGGACACCAGCCUGUGCCAGCGAGGGUGAUCACGGGGCCACAGGAGCUGCCGCUAGAAAGUAUUCGUGUGAAGUUGUACUUUUAUUGCCGAGCUCCGCCUGUGAGUUGUGUAGACCAGUUGUGGCUCCUUGAAGUCACUGUUCUCGUGAGGAAUCGGCACCAGCUUGAAAGACGCGCCGCACGUGCAAAUUGGCGUGUGAUGAAAGGCGAUUACAGCUUCAGUUUCGUCCCCGAGUCUGUCCCGAUAAACUACAGUGGAUCUUUUAGCACCGUGUUCGACGAUCUUUACGUUAGACUAAUUUCUUCCACCGACUAGAACUAUAAUCUUGACCUCAGAAUACUGAUACGCACGCCGCUCCGACAAGGAUUAGUGCAUCACAUAUCUCUCUCUCCUCGCCUACUAGCAUCUGCCUCCCUCCACCCCUUCCUCCCUCCCUCCCUCCCUCUCUCCCCUCGCUCUCGUCAUUCUCCUCUUGGUCUGUCAUAUGCCAUCAAACGAAAGUCUAAAACCUUUAAGAGAAAAAUAACCAGGCAAUCUCUAAAUGUAAUUCAAUGGCAUACCUCAGUCUUUCUCCCUGUGGUUCAGAUUCAUUCCCUCCAAGUGCAUCCAUCUAUCUCACACACACACACACACACACACACACACACACACACACACACACGUGUAUACAACGUGUAUGGUUAUCCAGUUUCACAUGAAACACUGUCCCCAUUAUUCCAUAAUCCUCAGCAGCCACCCUUUCAUUUCCAACUCAAGCCCUCGUCAGCACCUCACCACCUCUUCGUCCCUUCCCUCCCACAGCUUGUCACCACAGUUCCGCACUGUGCUCUCGAUUUUUCUUCGUUGUAGCGUGCGUCGACUAUAGUUACAUCAGGCUACAUUACAGGCGGAUUGCGCCUGUGCCUGCGGCGGCGACAUGUAGCUCUAGGGACACAUGGGUGGGCAGGCCCUCUCGCCGGCCUCCUCAUCCCCGGUGCAGCCUCAGGGAAGAAUCAGGUUCACUGAAAGUGGGCUAUAUUACAACCGCAUGUUUUACGUCGGUUAACAGAAAAAAAAAAAAAGUGAAGAAUUGUAUGUGUAUUUGCUUUAUGAAUGUUUGGAUUUACUGAACAAAAAUAAGAAUCACAUAUUAAUAAUAAAAUACAAGCAAAACAUUUGUGGAUAAAUUGUGAAUGAAACAAAACCAUCAACACGCGGUACACUCCCACUUCACUGUGGCUGUGCCCUCCAGCUGGUGGAGCAGCGGCCCCGGCUCCACCCGCCAACGCCGGCGAAGCUCACUCCGCCACGCGUCACGACACACCACCAGUCUGAGGUUCAUCCGAGACUAUGGUGCUGAUUAUCACAAGCUCUCCAAAUGCGUCUGAGCUAGUACAGUCAAGGUUUCGUAAAGUUUUAUUUUCUAAAAUUAUAUAUA